CGGGAACCCAGGCCUUCAGUGGCAGGCAGGCGGAGACCCGUGGUCUUACACGUCGAUGCUGAACGAGGGGCUGUGCAGUGAUGAUGGCAAUGUAGGAGCCGAUCUGACCUUCCAGUUGUCGAGCAGCAGCGGCGCGGCGGUGACACCCACGCGCAUCAUCAAUCCCCACCCUGAUGGGGAUUGUGCCGAGCAGACAUGGGUUGCUCCUUGCGGGGCGCGAGACGGUGGGCAAGCUCAAAUGCUUCAUGACGGUGGCGGGAAUCGAUAUUUGUCGUCUGUGGCGUCGGUCGGUGGAGGAGGCAGCGGAGAUCAUCGUCCGGAAUGGAUGCGAUCAUCGCCUGCGUCGGGAAGCGGAUCCAGGACUCCGCGUAGACGAGAGCGACAUUUGGACGCCUCCGCGGCAGGUGCGGACGUCGAACGCAUGGGCAGGCAGGUGUGGGCAGAGUGUAGGCAGGCCUUGCGUCCACCUGGAACUGAGUCCAUAACGAAGGGAGUGCAAUGGCUCGACGUCAAUGAAGGCGAUGACAUGGCAGAUCACGAGUUGUACGACUGCGACGACGUUGACGGUGAAGAGGGCUACAACUCCGAGGAAUUGCCGGAUAUUCGGUCGUUUGGGAGGAAGGCGAAGGGCGGCCGAGGGGGUGGGAGGAAGGGUUCCACGACGAGGAAUCAGCGGAACAAGAAAAUGGACGACGACCCGAAAUUUAGCGAUGGCGAGGGAGCCAGAAAUUUCUGGUCCGUCGGAGACACGAUCACACUUAUGCGGGCGAAAAGGGAUCAAGAUUUGUAUUUCGCGGAUAUGGGGCACAAUUUCGGCCGCAUGAAGACCAGGGAGUGGAAGUGGGAGGAUGUGCGGGUGAGGUUGGACAAGGCGGGCGUGACGAGGAAGGCCGUCAAUUGCGGGAAGAAGUGGGAUAACCUGAUGCAGCAGUUCAAGAAGUCGAGGCCCGGCGCCAUCGCUCUUCUCGCCUCAUCGCCACAGAGCUUUCUCACCACGUUCGUCGCUCUUCUCGCCUCAUCGUCGCGAAGCUCUCUCACCACGUAUCCCAUCUCUUCUUGCCUUAGCGUCGUCGACCCUUGUUCUUCGUCGCCGCAAAGGCAGUCGUCGCCGUAUUGUCGUCAGUGCCGUCGAGGUUCAAAAUCGCCACUCUUGUCGCCUAACCGCCGCGGAGAUUUCUCGCCACGUGGAGGAUCGGCGUCGUCGCUGCUCUCACCUUAUCGCCGCAGACGUCUCUCACCACAUGGAGGAUUGGCGCCGUCGCUGUUUUCGCCUAAUCGCCUCGGAGCUCUUUCGCCAUGUCGAGGAUCGGCGUCGUCGCUGUUCUCGCCAUAUUGCCGCGGAGCUCUCUCGCUGCGUCGAGGUUCGCCGCGGAGCUCUCUCGCCGCGUCGAGGUUCGCCGCGGAGCUCUCUCGCCAACACGAACCAUGUCAACGCGAGUUGCCGCCUGUGGUAGGAAGUGGGAUAGCACAUGCGUCGACAGCGAAGGGCGGGCCAGAGGUCGGCGACAUGUCCCCAAGGCGAAGAGGGGUCGUUCGGACGGCGGUUCAAGAAGCGUACCUCCUCAUGGAGCGCAAGGUUGGGCGAGAACCACAGAAGGCGACGACGACGACGUCUUCGCGAAGGAGGAAGAAACGGUGGAGGCGACCAUGUCUGUCGUGCGUGAGAGUGGCCGCCAGCGGGUGCUUGAGCAAACCGCGGGCGGGAACAAGGCGGUUGUGGUCGAUGUUGGCGGCGAUGAUGACUAGCAGUUGGAACAACGUCGCCCGUGUGCUCUUACCCAAGCCAGCAUAGCGACGUCAGUGAGGCCAGCGGCGCAAUUGACGAAAGGCCACCUCAGGGUUUACGAUUGGCCACGCCGAC